CAUGAGGUGGUCGUGGCCGCUAAACCCUCGUCCCGCCUCCUCCGUUCUUCUUUUCCUCCGCCCAAAACCCUACCAAAUUCCCAAACCUUGUCGCUGCUCCCAAGCUCCAUCCAUGGCGAAAUCCCUUGACGAGGCCGAUGUUGGCAUCCUAUGCUAUGUCUCCUCCCUCCCUGGUUUCCGCGGCGUCCUCAAACAGAGGUACUCGGAUUUUAUCGUCAAUGAAGUCGAUCUUGACGGGAAGAUCAUCCACUUGACCUCCUUCGAUCUCCCUCCCGAGUUUUCUGAGGAGAAGGCACCGGGAAAAAAUCCUCGUUCUAGUGAUAAAGACUACUCUGGAGAGAUCGAGGCGUUUCGUUCUCUUUCUGGGGAGCUUGAUGCUGAAUCUCUGAGGGAUUUUCUGGAGAAAAUCGUAGAUAGUGAGGCCAGCGAUGUGGCUCCGAUCAUACUCUCUCCGGAUUCUGAUAAGUCUCACCGCGCGGAAGUUCAUAACUUCUUCAAGAGGAAUUUCAAGUUUUUGGUUACGGAUACUGUUGAGGAAGCGGAUACCAAGUGUGUGAGAGUGAGGUUCUGCUCUGGAGAUGGAGGUGCUAAGAACAAGAGGGGUAAGAAAAGGAAAGAACCUGGUGGUUCUGGGCCCAAAAAUGAGAGGCCUUUUGACAGCAGAGGCUCAGAUAAUUGGCCUGAGCAUCUUGGAAAGUUUUUGAGAUUUCAUCUUUUCAAGGAGAAUAAGGACACUCAAGAGGCUUUAGGUGUUAUUGGGAAGAUGCUAGGCGUUCAGCAACGAUCAUUUGGUUUUGCUGGUACAAAAGAUAAACGCUCUAUAUCAACUCAGAGGGUAACUAUAUUCAAACAACAUGCAAAAAGGUUGGCUGCUUUAAACAGCAGAUUGAUUGGCAUCAAAGUUGGGGACUUUUGCUAUGUUAAAGAAGGCCUUGUUCUUGGCCAGCUCAUGGGAAACCGGUUCACAAUUACCUUGAGAGGUGUUGUGGCAGAAUCUCAGGAUAUUGUGAAAGCUGCAGCUGAUGGUUUGAGAAGGAAUGGAUUUAUCAACUAUUAUGGUUUACAGCGUUUUGGAAGUGGUUCAGUGCCUACUCACAUGAUUGGAGCAGCAUUGCUGAAAGGGGAGUGGAAGCACGCUGUGGAUUUGAUUCUUAACCCAAGAGAAGGAGAACGGGCUUUUGUAAGGGAUGCUCGUGAAUCCUACAAGGAAAAUGGUGAUAUUGAUAUAGCCCUGAGGCAGUUUCCUCGCCAUCUUGUUGCUGAGAGAGCUGUUCUUCAAUGUCUGAAGAAAUGCCCUGGAAACUAUCUGCAGGCACUAAAAGCGAUACCCAGAACUCUUAGAAUGAUGUAUGUCCAUAGCUAUCAAAGUUACUUAUGGAACCAUGCUGCUAGUGAAAGAGUGCAAAGACAUGGGAUUGCCCAGGUUGUAUUAGGAGAUUUGGUAUAUUGCAAAGAUGGCACUUCAAAAAAAUUAGCUGAUAUUGACAAUGCUAACUCUGAGGAUUUCUUUGACUUUGGUAACGAUGAUAUUCAAAUUGAGAUACCUGAGACGGCAUUAUCGAAUGAACAGUUUCAUGUUGUAAAGGUUGUGGAUUCUGAAGAUCUACUUGCAGGAAGAUUCAACUUCGAUGAUGUUGUGCUUCCUUUGCCUGGUUCAAAGGUGCUCUAUCCAGAAAAUGAUAUUGCUGAUGUGUUUCAUGAAAUUGCAAAGAAGGAUGGUAUUAGCUUGACGGAAAGUGUUCAUGGUGCCAAGGAGUUUUCAAUUACUGGUAUGACAGGAGACUAUAGGCGGGUUUUCCAGCGGCCUGUUGAUCUUGUUUGGGAACUACUGACUUACACAGAUGACAAUAUUCCAUUAGCAGAGACUGAUCUGGAUGUUAUAUCCAAAACUAAACCUGAUACUGCAAUGAUGAAUGGGAUUAUCCGUGGGAAUUCUGGCUACCUGGCAAAGAAGGAAAAUGCAGAAAUAAGUUUGGAUGAGAAUUAUGCAGCCGAAGACGGAAAUAAGCUUUCAACAGAAAUUGACCUACCAUGCAAUUCUGAUACGCCAUCUGCUAAGACGGCGCUCAAGCUGGAGUUCACCUUACCUUCUUCAUGCUAUGCUACAAUGGCAAUGAGGGAAUUGUUAAAAGCAUCGACUUCGGUUACCCAUCAGAAAACAAUAAAUCCUUGAUAUGGAUGUCACAUUGUUAACAACUAAUUUGCUUUGGAGCCAAGAAGUUCAAAUUAUCAGCUUGUACUGGAGAAAUGAAAAUUUUGUUAUUUUCUUUUAUUCUUGUUUCAGUGUACAAUAAUUAUAUGUAUUAGUGUGCCAAUCAAUCAACUUAUAUUCUUCAAAGUGUUGACAUUAUCAUA